AUGAAUUCAAAGAAACCUUCAAAGCCGUUUGGCUUCGGAUUUGCGCAUGGCUCAGCAAGUAAACCCAAAUCAUUGCUUGAUCCGGAAGAACAAACCCAUAAAAAGCCAACGGCAUUGGACUAUUUUUCUGAAGAAGAUUCCCAACCAAAAAAGCGAAAACUUAUAAAAUUAGAGGAUGAUUUAGAUGAGGGCUUUGAUAAACAAGAUAAAUUAUCCAAUGUUAACGAAGACUACGUUGGCGAUCUAGAAGAUGAUAGACCUCCGCCUCCUCGAACUUCAACUGGAAUUCAAGGAUUUGUGCCUCAGGGCUUUAGUCUUGACAAGGGCUUCACCAAUGUUCAUGAGGUUACGUCUGAUACUAAAUUGGAUGAUGUACAAAAAGAUGAUGAGAUUGACGAUCCUCUUGAUGCUUUCAUGCUUGAUAUUGAUAAUCAAGUUCAAAAGGAAAGUCAGAAUAAGUCUUUGCAAGAAAAAAUUCGUAGAGAUGAUAUUGAAGAUGAAGAUUUUGUUGAAAGUUACGUCAAUCAUAUGAAGAAAAAAGGAAUUGAAGUGGGUAAAAGUCAACGACCAAUCGAAAAGGAUGAGAACGUGAAUUCAGAUGAAGAAGUGUAUGCUACUGCCAGGGCUAUUGACGCUCAACUUGAAUACGAUUCCGAUGAUAAUCCAAUCGUGGAACAAAAGCGCAAAGACAUCGAACCACUUCCAGCAGUUGAUCAUUCUCAAAUUGAAUAUCCAGAAAUUGAGAAAUUCUUUUAUGAAGAGCAUCCAGAUAUUGCCGAAUUAUCUGAUGAGCGUGUCAAGGAAAUACGUCGAGAACUUGACAUGCAUGUUUCUGGCGCUGAUGUCGCGAAGCCUUGCAUUUCCUUUGCACAUUUUGGGUUUGACGAGGCUUUACUGAAUGUUAUUAUUAAACAUGGAUAUUCGGAACCGACUGGAAUUCAGAAGCAGGCGGUACCUGUUGCAAUGUCCGGUAGAGAUAUUAUUGGUAUUGCGAAAACAGGCUCUGGUAAAACUGCCGCUUUUAUUUGGCCCAUGUUGAUACAUAUCAUGGAUCAAGAAGAAUUACAAAAAGGUGAAGGGCCAAUUGGUUUAAUACUAGCACCGACGAGGGAAUUGGCUAGCCAGAUAUACACUGAAGCCAAAAAAUUUGCAAAGAGUUACGGUCUGAGAGUUGCAGCAGUUUAUGGAGGUGCUUCGAAAAUGGAUCAAUUCAAAGAACUCCGACCCGGUGGAAUAGAGAUACUAGUGGGUACGCCGGGAAGACUUAUUGAUAUGGUCAAAAUGAAAGCGACGAAUUUUCGACGAGUUAGCUUCUUGGUUCUUGAUGAAGCAGACAGGAUGUUUGACCUCGGUUUUGCGUUAUUGUUUAGUGCGACAUUCCCCAAAAAAGUUGAGAUUCUAGCUCGUGAAGUAACUGCGGAACCAGUAAGGAUUUCCAUUGGUAGCGUUGGCCAGGCGAAUACUGAUAUUACGCAAAGGAUAGAAAUUUUGGCUGAUGACGGUUAUAAGUGGGAUUGGUUAAUGAACUAUUUAGUGUCAUUUUGUGUUGAGGGUAGUGUUCUCAUCUUUGUUAGUCGUAAAGAUGGUGUUGAAGAGUUGUCAAAAAAUUUACAGCAAGUCAAUUAUGAGUGUGGUGCGCUGCAUGGUGACAUGAUGCAAUCAGAACGUGACAAAGUAUUGAAAGAUUUUAAAAAUAAUAAAUUUCCAAUCAUGGUUGCGACUGAUGUAGCUGCAAGAGGACUUGAUAUAAAGGCCGUCAAAACCGUCGUCAAUUAUGAUAUUGCACGUGACAUCGAUUCACAUGUUCAUCGGAUUGGAAGAACAGGCCGAGCGGGAGAGAAAGGUACUGCUUAUACGCUUAUCACCCAAAAGGAAGAUAAAUUUGCUGGAGACCUAGUGAGAAAUUUAGAAGCUUCGGGUCAACAAGUCCCUGAUGCUUUAAUGAGCUUGGCGAUGCAGGUCGUUAUUAGUUGGCGUGGUAGAUCUGGUGGACGAGGUCGCGGUUACGGAAGGGGCCGUGGUAAAGGUCGUGGGACAAAUAUUUCUAAUUCGAACUCAAUACCACUUGGAGGAAGGGCUGGCAUUGGAAGCGCGGGUGUACAAAUACCUCCACCUCCACAGCUUAAUGCUGAUACUUCUGGUCAUGCCGGUGGAAGGCACCCAAUGAAUUUCCAGAAAGCCUCAACAGCAGAUGCCGAGUUAGGACUUUUACGUUCAAGUAAAUCGUCAACUUCUUCGCAGUCAGGAAAUCAACGUAAACGACGCUGGGAUUCUUAA